AAAAAGAUAUCCAUUUUCAGAUUUCUCUCUGCUGCUUUUCAGCGUUUCAUGAAAUGGCACUUUAAAGACCACAGUACGGACUUUUGCGUAACGCAUUAAAGCAUAGUGCAUAAAUAAAUCAACUAAUCAGAAUCUUUCUUUUCUCUCAUUCCAUGGAAAAGAAGAACUUCGAUUGGUUGAUUCCCUUAUACACUAUGCAUUAUGCGUUAUGCAAGAGUGUGCUGCGGCCAUUAUGCGCAUUCUCAUCUGGCUUUUUCCAUCGUGGUUAACAGUAGUGAAUAGUGUGCGACUAUAUGAUUUUAACAGAAUGAUACAUAAGUAAUUUUGUACUCGUGGGGGGGAGGCUAGUUCUUUAGUACAUUCUGUACUCUGUAAUAAACGAGAUACAAUAGAAUGAUCUAGAUGUAUCUGCAAAGAUGCUUGGUAUAAUAGUAGCUGGACGACUCGUCCAAACUGACUUUCAACAAGUUGGUGAGAAUCAGUUCUUGAUUACUAUACCUGAUGCUGAUAAUAUAAACCAUAUAGUAGUGUUCCUGACUGGUACUAUUCCUUUUUCAGAAGGUGUAGGAGGUGCAGUAUACUUUAGUUGGCCAGAUCCAAAUGCGCCACCUAAUUGGCAAUUUCUUGGAUAUAUUUCCAAUUCUAAGCCAUCAGCCAUCUUCAAGAUAUCGAAUUUGAAGAAAAAUCAUGAAUUUGUGAAUAGCAAUUUAGGAAUUUUUGGGGUUGGUAAGAUCUCACACUUUGCGCAGAUUGGUGUGUCAGUUGAUCCAUUGACAGUGAUUGAGCAGCAGAUAGCUACCGUUGCCGCAACUACAACUAGUUCUUCCUUGGAAUUUGUACAAAAGAUGUUGACAAGUUUUGUGAAUUAUGUGACUAGUUUUACAGUGACACAAGCUCAAAUGACACCAAAUCCUACUGAGAACUUUGUGCCUCUGUCUACAUUACAGAGCUGGUAUGAAACCUUUGAGAGGCGGUUACAGCAGAAUCCGAAUUUUUGGAAAUCGUGAUUGUAGUUGUAAUCAUAUAGUAUGAAAUUUGAUUUUUUUCUAUCAAUAUGUAAAAAUAUAUACAUAAUUAUAUUUUA